AUGAGCGGCCUUAAGGCUAAGUCUGCUGCUGCAGCAGCAGCUGCAGCAGCAGCAACAGCAGCAGCAGCAGCAGCACCUGCAGCAGCAGCAACACCUGCUGCAGGAGCAGAAUCUGCUGCAGUAGCAGAACCUUGUGCAGCAGCUUCUAAAGAAGAAGCUCUUGGGGCCCCUGGGGCCCCUGUUUGUACGUUUGCUGCUUUAUUAACUAAUUCUUUAUUUUCAAGAGACGUAACAGCGAGAGACAUUCAGUCUUUUUGGGUGCUGCUGAGCAAACAAAGAAGAAAAGAAAAGCCCCAAGCUGCAUGCAGCAGCUUCUUAGGUGGAGGAGGCAUUCAAGCCCCGAAGACUUCGGAAGCAGCAGAAGACAUCAGCAGCAGCAGCGCUGCUGCUGCAGCAGCAGCAGCUGCUGCUGCUGCUAAAGCAACCACAACAUCUAAUGCAGCAGGCUCUAAGGGUUCAGGGGGGACAGAGAAGAAGAAGAAAAAGGCUGAAAAGGAGACAAAAGAAAGCAAAUUAAACGCAAGAAAAGCAAUACAGAGCAGCACAAGAGCUACACUCAGCAGCAGCUACUCGCAGCAAAACCCAAACGCAUGCAGCAGCAACACAGACACCUCCAACCCCCCUACCCCUACCCCGACCCCUACCCCCAGCAGCAGCAGCAGCAGCAGCGAUGAGCCUCUUGCUGCGCUGCAGUCUAUCUUGGGGGUGGCAGCAAACACUCGAGGGCUGCAUGCUACAUUAGAAAUAUCUCUCCUGCUGCUUGCUUUCUGCAGGCAGCAGUUUAUCAAACCUACUGUUGCUGCAUGUCUUCUUAACUUCACUGCGCGCUGCAUUUGUCAGUCGCACAAUAAAAAAGGAAAUUGA